AUGGAAUCAUCACCCUUCCGGCCUCCGUUACGAUUCCUCAACGACCAUUGGCGGCCCAUCCCAUCCGUCGGCCAUCCUCCGACUUCACGCCAAAAGUCUAUCUUUUCGAUCGUCGACGCGAAGGGAUCGACAGGGAAGACGAUGACCCUCCUCACCUUUCCGGCGAAGACGACGACCCUCCUACCUUUUUCGGCGUUGGCCCUCCUCCCCUUUCCGGCGAAGACGACGAAAAAGAAUCUGAGUCAGAGCAGUGAGUUCCUCGAGAAGUUGUGGAGCGGCGUCGGAUGCACGCUAGGAAAGACAAAUCGCACGGACCAGGGAGUAGAGCACGUUCCGGACUACAAUUAA